UCCUCAACUCAACACUCUUAUCCACCGCAGCUGUACUAAUCAAGCUUCAUGGAAAACCUGAAAGUCCUCGUUAUCGGAGGUUCGCGAAAUAUAGGGUAUUACUCUGCUGUCCGACUCCUUGCGCUCGGCGCUACUGUUACAUUCCUCCUGCGAUCACCACAAGUAUUCGAUCAGGAUGACACAAUUCAAGCAUACAUUAAGGAAGGUAAAGCCCACCUUAUUCAAGGCGAUGCACUCGUGAAGAGUGAUGUUCGCCGGGCAUGGUCCGAGGCUCAGCUUGGGGACCACACCAAACCAGUCGACUUCCUCAUCUUCACAGUCGGCGGGACACCCGGCUUUUCACUAACAAAAGGCAUGAUCAUCACCCCACCAAACCUCGUCACCCAAUCUCUCAUAAACGUUCUCGAGACUCUCCCAUUCCCACACCCAAAGAUUAUAACAAUCUCUUCUACGGGCCUCACGCAGGCCUCCCACAAAUCAGUUCCCCUCCUUCUCAAACCGCUGUAUAGCUACAUCCUAGCCGAGCCGCACAAAGACAAAUGCGGCGCGGAAGAAGCCAUAGCCCAUAGCGCUGGGUGGGAGUGGGAUGCGAGAGACAGCCCAGGCGAUGACAUUCUCGGUGCUGGCUGGACGAGCCGUGUCCCCAAUGCUGGAGAACUUAAGAGUAUCGCUGUCAUCAGGCCUGCGUUGUUAACUGACGGAAAGUGUCGCGCCGACGUAGAAGGUAAAGAAGGCAAGGCAUAUAGAGUGAAAGAAGAGGAUCUGGAAUGCAGUUAUUCGGUUUCAAGGAAGGAUGUGGCACAUUUUCUCGUGGAGGGUAUGAUGAGGCAUUGGCAGGAGUGGGAGGGUAAAUGUGCAAGGAUUGCAUAUUGAAUAUCGUCGCAUUCUUACAAGCAAUCCGCUCGCCCGUAGACGGUUCAGUCGUAUCGUAUAUUGUCAUCCUCUGGGAUUGUUUUGCAGCAGUAAUGAAAAGUAAAUUAUGUUCUCCGUCUCCCUUUCUUCAUUC